UCCAGCUCGUUUGACUUGACUCAUAACUCCAUAGCAACCGAAUCGAGUGAGAAGAAAAGUUGAGAUUUGGGGGUUUUAUUUUUCUGCAGAGCUGGGCGAGGAUGACGCGUCUCCUCCAGAAACGGGGGCCGGACACAGACGCGUUAAUCUUGAAAUAAAAAUUGAAUUAAAUAACAAAACAUGCCAUCGACCAAAGUUAUCAAGACCAAACCGGUGGAGGCGACAAGAAAACCCGUCGACAGAACCACACCGGCGACGACGGAGGCGGCGAGCGGAGCGAACGGCGCGGUGCGUAAAAGCCGCGCGUCGAGCUGCCCGAGGUGUCCGCAGCAGCGCGGCCGGUGUGCGGGGCGCGGGGCCCCGGGGACGAGCUGUGAGGGCAGGGCCAGAGCCAGGUCCGUCUCACGGUGGCCCAGAGCGCAGCCGGACUACCGGAGGGCGACCGGCUCCUCCAAACACGACAACCCGCAGUGGCGGCGGGGCACGAGCGGCUGCCCCGCCGGUGAGAGGGGGCCGCGGGGCCCGGGGGGGCCGCGGGGGCCGCGCAGCGUCAGGGCCGAGUCCCAGUGCGCGAUCCAAAGUUACAAAGCUUUCACCGUCAUCCCCCCGAACCCCAAGAAGAGGAGCGAGAUUCAGAGGAAGGCGGAGGCAGAGCUCGCCGCUCUGGAGGAGCUUCGUCUGAGCAGAGCAAUGGCUUACGUUUCCAUUAACCCCAGCAGUGUUGGAGGCUGCAUGAGUCUGGAGGAAGUGCGACUGAAGCAGCAGCAGGAAAUGAUGCAAGCGAAGAGGAAACAGAAAACGACCAAGAAGCUGGCGACUGAGCAAACGUCCGUGGUGACGAGCUGAGCGUCACCUGUCGUCUCCAUUCAAAUCCCACAAUUACAUCACAUUUUAAAAAUAUUCAGAUUCCAUACAACACUGCUUUGUGUGUAUCGUCGUGAAUAUUUGACGUCGUAUUCAUAUUUUGUACAAAGGUGUUUUUUUUCUGUUCCCUGAUAUGUGUUUUAAUAUUAUAUAGAAACAUAUAUAGUAUAAAGGGUGAGUCAGAUUUAUUUAUUCCACUUAGCUCAUUCUAUUCAGCCACGCAGGUUAUAUUUACACAUACAUUUUUAUUAUUGUUUAUUAUAAUUUUUCUUUAUUUAAUGUGGAUGGUCCCGGCGAGACGUCGGGGAGUUCUGCUCAAGACCAUCAGCGA